CAAGUCUGCGUAAAGAGGAGAAAUCACAACAAUGCUGCUUCGUUUCUCCUCUCUCUUUCUCUCCUCCCUGCCUCUUGUCUCCCCACCACCCUCCUCCCCGGUUCCUUUCCCUUCCGCCCUCCAAGUGGCGUCUAUUUUAAAACGUAGUGACAGAUCCAUGUUGUAUUUUAAGAUCACCCGCUGCCUGCCUGCGAACACAUGGCGCUCGAGAGAGAGAGAGAUUGUGCGUAAGACAGAGAUACUAGCAUAGGCAAGGCGGGGGAAUAAGAGAAGAAAAAUAAAACCUUUAAACGUCAACAAAGCGGCUGUCAUUCCUCCAAGAGGCGCCUGCCUUCGCCCGCAAAGCUAGUAGGAGUUGGGGGAGUGAGGAGGUGCGUUUAGCGCCUUGAAUCCCGUCCGCUAACUUCGAGGUGGGUAAACUUCUCAAGAAGUUCGGCGCUAGCGUGCUUUAAUAGAUCUAUCUAUCUCUAUCGGAUCUUUAAGAAAGGAAGGGAGGGAUCGAGGCAAUGCUGCCUUUGGCCACAGAGGGGCAGUCUAUCGAGGAGUUGCCGCGUCCGCGGCGCCUUAUCUCUCUACAGGCAGAGGCUAGGAUAAAGUUAUACCGAAAACUUUAAAAUUGAUAUCACACCCUAAUUUGUGUUCUACAGGGAGGGGGAGAGCGAGGAAAAAAAAAAAAACAGAGCUCAAAAACACACCGGGCUCUGCUUACACCAUGAGAAGGGGAGCUCUUGGCGGCGUUGUGGGCUCGCCCUACAUUCAGCGGGGGAGUUCUCGCUGUGUCUUAGCUCUUGCCGGAGGUCAUGCAAAUCGACCUUAAAAGAAUGCAUAAGCCAUAAAUUAAAAUAAACCCCGUAGCCACGGACUGAUCCGUAAGUAGGCAACAAUACCUAAACCUGGACAAAACGGCUUUCCUUGCCAGCUGGAAGAAAAGGAUAGCGCCUAAAGUAACCGUAAAAUAAGUUUCAUGAAUUCGAAAGAAAUUUGCAGUGAAUUCUGGGUACCUGGAUUUGUUUUCUAGUGUAUUUGCCUGUUAGCUGCUGUCUUGCUAUUUUCAUUUCUGAUGACAACUAUCACGGGACACUGCUAGAGCUCAGAGUCAGCCUGUGCCGGGGCCAGAUCACAAAAAGGUACUUGACUUUAAAGGAAAUAUGAUUCUAUGACCAAGAGCUUGUAUACAAAGAAAAUAAAUAUUUCUCCUAUUAAAACACCAAUCUUUCAAGAAGAAUGUCUUCCAAGCAGGCCACCUCUCCAUUUGCAUCUGAUGGAGAGGGAACAACAACCCAGGACUUAGCAUCACAGGAGCAGGAAGACGACAACAAUGAAGAACUUGUCACUUCCCAUCUGCCUCUGCACACCAUAUUGCACAACAAACCUCACUCUGAAGAGCUCCCAGCUCUAGUCACUACAAUCCAACCAGACUCAGACUGGAACAGUGUUAUCUCAACUCAGCAUAGGAUGGAGUCAGAAAAUAAUAAGUUAUGUUCCUUAUAUUCCUUCCGAAAUACUUCUACCUCACCACAUAAGCCCGAAGAAAGUGGUCGUGAUCGCAAUGAGCUAAUGACCAGUGUUAAUUUUGGAACUCCAGAACGCCGCAAAGGAAGUCUUGCCGAUGUGGUGGACACCUUGAAACAAAAGAAACUAGAGGAGAUGACGAGAACUGAACAGGAGGAUUCAUCUUGCAUGGAAAAACUACUUUCUAAAGACUGGAAGGAGAAAAUGGAGAGAUUAAACACAAGUGAACUCCUUGGAGAAAUAAAAGGUACCCCUGAAAGCUUAGCAGAAAAAGAACGACAGCUCUCUGCCAUGAUUACCCAGCUCAUCAGUUUACGGGAGCAGCUUCUGGCUGCCCAUGAUGAGCAGAAAAAGCUGGCAGCAUCACAAAUUGAAAAACAGCGGCAGCAAAUGGAUCUUGCUCGCCAACAGCAAGAACAGAUUGCAAGACAACAGCAGCAACUUCUGCAGCAGCAACAUAAAAUCAAUCUCCUGCAGCAGCAAAUCCAGCAGGUUCAAGGUCAUAUGCCUCCUCUCAUGAUCCCAAUUUUUCCACACGACCAGCGGACAUUGGCAGCGGCUGCAGCAGCCCAGCAGGGAUUUCUUUUCCCCCCAGGAAUAACUUAUAAACCCGGUGAUAACUAUCCUGUGCAGUUCAUUCCAUCAACAAUGGCAGCUGCUGCUGCUUCUGGACUCAGCCCUUUACAGCUCCAGCAACUCUAUGCCGCUCAGUUGGCCAGCAUGCAGGUAUCGCCUGGCACCAAGAUGCCUUCCACGCCUCAGCCGCCAAAUACGACAGGGACGCUCUCACCAACUGGGAUGAAAAACGAAAAGAGAGGGACCAGUCCUGUAACUCAAAUUAAGGAUGAUGCUGCACAGCCACUGAAUCUCUCUGCUAGACCCAAGACAGCAGAACCUGUCAAAUCCCCGACGUCGCCAACGCAGAGCCUCUUCCCUACGUGUAAAACCAGCCCUGUGAAUGUGGGCAAUAAAAGUGGAAUCCCCAGUCCUAUUGGCGCGACUCUGGGAAGAGGAUCUUCUCUAGACAUCCUUUCCAGCCUUAACUCACCUGCCCUAUUUGGGGACCAGGACACUGUAAUGAAAGCAAUUCAGGAGGCUCGGAAGAUGAGAGAACAAAUUCAGCGGGAGCAGCAGCAGCAACAGCAGCAACCACAUAUUGAUGGAAAGCUUCCAUCCCUGAAUAGUAUGGGCCUAAACAACUGUAGGACUGAAAAGAUAAGGGAUAAUUAUCUUCCUUUCUUCAUGGAAGAUAUAAAAAAGGCUUCAGUGGUCCUGAAAGGAUGCAGUGUUCCCCCGAAAAAUAGAAAGACUCUCUGGAGAACUGGUGGAGAGAGAAUAGAGGAAAGAACACGCUUUGAGAAUUUAGGCCCACAACUAUCAGGGAAACCCAGUGAAGAUGGAAAGCUAGGUCCAGGAGUCAUUGAUCUUACAAGGCCAGAAGAUGCAGAAGGAAGUAAAGCAAUGAAUGGCUCUGCAGCUAAACUACAGCAGUAUUAUUGUUGGCCAACAGGAGGUGCUACUGUGGCUGAAGCUCGAGUCUACAGAGAUGCCCGGGGACGAAGCAGCAGUGAGCCGCACAUCAAACGACCAAUGAAUGCUUUCAUGGUUUGGGCAAAGGAUGAACGCAGGAAAAUUCUUCAAGCUUUUCCUGACAUGCACAACUCCAACAUUAGCAAAAUUCUUGGUUCCCGCUGGAAAUCCAUGUCAAACCAAGAGAAACAACCUUAUUAUGAAGAGCAAGCACGAUUAAGUAAAAUUCACCUAGAAAAAUACCCUAAUUACAAAUAUAAACCCAGACCAAAACGCACUUGCAUUGUUGAUGGCAAAAAACUGCGCAUUGGAGAAUAUAAACAACUAAUGAGAUCUCGACGACAGGAGAUGAGGCAAUUUUUUACCGUAGGGCAACAGCCUCAGAUUCCAAUUGCCACAGGAACAGGAGUGGUCUAUCCUGGUGCUAUUACUAUGACAACAACUACGCCAUCGCCUCAGAUGACAUCCGAUUGCUCCAGCACUUCUGCUAGUCCUGAGCCCAGCAUCCCUGUCAUUCAGAGCACUUACAGCAUGAAGACGGACAGUGGGAGCCUGGCUGGAAAUGAAAUGAUAAAUGGGGAAGAUGAGAUGGAAAUGUACGAGGACUUUGAGGAUGACCCCAAAUCAGACUAUAGCAGUGAAAACGAAGCCCACGAGGCUGUCGCUGCCAACUGAGGAUGUUUGCUGAAUUACUCUGACUUUGUUUUCUUUUCUUUUCUUUUGAAGAAAAAGUUCUUAAAAUGAGCCUGCAUGCAUGUAUGGCUCCUACAGUUACAUCUGCAGAAUGGUCUUAAAUGUUUCUUAUUGUGUGACACAGAUUGUUCCCUAAUUUUCAUGAACUUUUUUAAACAAUUUAGGUGAAGACAUUAAGUAUCAGACAUUGGGACUUGAAAACUGAUAUGAAUCAAUUGUUCUCUUACAAGUCUUAUCUCUCUCUCUCUCUCUCUCUCUCUCUUUUUUUUUUUGUCUUAUUCUUUCCUCUUCCUGGAUGCUGAUAAAAAGGUUUAAGUUACUGUUUUAAUGGGGGUUUUACAUUCUCACUCAGGUAUGCUGUGCCAGCCUACAGAUUGUGAAUGUGUUUUUAUUCUGAAUUAUUUUGAAAAACAAAACAAAAACCUACAAAUUUCCUAUCAUGAAACAGAACAAGUCCUAAGCGUGUACAUCUAUCUGUAUUAGCUCAUCCUUUUUAAAAUAAGGUCUCUAAAUUCCUUUUUUCCCCUCCUUAGAUAUAGCUGACCUUCUGAUGUGCCAAACUUUCCUAACUUCUGAAUCUUAAUAUUUUAAAAGAAAAGUCUUAAGGGAGACACUGUAAAGUCUUAGACAAUCCUUUGGCAUCUUAAAAAUACUGAUAAAUCUUAAAAGAAAAUCCUACCUUUUCCAGAAAAUUGUAAAAUACUCAGGAAUCUGGAGACAGGAUAUUGCUUAAAAAGUGAAUAUGAUUGCUACAAUGCACUUGUUCAAUUGCUUCUGCCUCUUGAUGUACCAUCAGUGUGAAACAUGAGUAAGCACAACAGAGUGAUCACCAGCUAAGACAGGCCUGUCUUAGCAACAUAAAUCCACCUUCAAGCCAUUUUCUGUCCCUUUGCUUUGAAUUCUUAUAUUCAGUCUUAAUUACAUUUGGUCUUAAUGUAUUCAUUCCAGAAUGUCAGGGGGCCAUGUAGUAAAAAAAUAUGUUCAAAUGUACUGUUGUAAUGGCAUUAUCAUUUGUUUGCCUUUUAUUUCUUUUAAAGAGCCCUUCCCCCUUAAAGUGUGUGGCAUCUUAAAAAUAAUGAGGCACUUAAUAUUGGAAAGGAAUAACUCUCUAUUUCUCUCUCUCUCUCUCUGUCUCUCUCACACACACGAGAAAAUGUGUUUCUACAUUUCAGAAACACUUGGAAAAAUGUUAUUAUUAGUAGAACAGUAUCAUAUACAGGAGAGUAUACAAUAUUUACCUACUAUGCUGUUUCUUUUUAGGAUAAUUUGUGAGGCUUCCCUAUAGUACUUCUGUUUUCUAAUCUUGAGUUAUUGUAUGUUGUCAGACAACACUUCAUAUAUUCCCUACCUAGUAUGCCCAGUGCUAGACAUAAUGAAAGUUGUAGCGUAACACAGUAUCGGGUGCAAGGCUUAAAACUAUUUCUGUUAAGUUUAUGUAUUAGAUUACCUUAACCUUUGUCUAGUACAUAGACAGCCUAGAAAUCCAACAUAGUCUUCCUCUUUCUUGGAGAGUAAAGUGCUGCCACUGUUUAGAAAUCUUCCUAUUGCUAGUCUGAUAAUCAUCCUUUGAUGAUACUAUAGAAAUUUUAAAUCUUGCAGAUAAUCUGUGUUGAAUAUUAAUUAUAGAGAACCGAAAAGGAUGCAAAGAUCAUCCUUGUACUUAAUAAUUUCACUUUACUCAUUUAGAUGCAUAUGCUCAGCAGUAUUUGAAAUUUUUCAAAACUUUAUUAUCUGCCAUAUAAGAAAAACAAAAUGAAAGAACAUAAAGCUAUACCCCAAGGUCAGUAUUUGUGAAUUAUGCCAGGUCCUUUAGAUCAAAACUGCUGUAGAAAUUUAAAUUCUUAUUUAUUUCAGUGCUAAUAUAUAGUUUUAUUAUACAUAAUAUUGAUUUCUAAGGAGCCAAGGGCAAGGUAAAAUAAAGCAUUCCCAAAUUAAACAUCCAGCUAUUUGUGGAUGUCAGUAUUUAACACUGAAAUUUGAAAUUGAUGCAUUUAAUGUAUUUCAAAGUAUAAAACCUGGUUAGUGUCUUAUAAACUCUUUAAAGAAUUUUCACCAACUCCUAAGGUAGAAGGCAUUAAUAUUCUUUGAUUUAAAAAUAUAAAUGCUUUCUUCUUUAAAUCUUACUAUCAAUAGUUACAAAUAUUUCUAACUGCUACAUAUACCAGAAAGAUUGCAGUUUUAUACGCCUUCUAAGUAAAACCUGUUUCACGUAGACAUUUUAUGGUAUGGCAGGGUAAAUUUUUCCAUGCCAAUCAGAUUGUCAGUGUGAAUGUUUAAUGGUGAUUAAGAAAAUAUAUCAGGUAUUAAUCCAAAUGGAGCAGCUGCCUCACCAUUGCCCUUCCAAAUAGUAUGUUUCAUCUAAACCAUUUAAUUAUAAGAAGGUGAAUUGUGAGUUCUGCCUUCUACAGACAUGCCAUUCUUAAGACUGGAGAAAGAUUCUUAUUAGCUUGCUCAGGGGAUAAGAGUGCCAGGUUUUUCAAUAGCAUUUUAGCACUUUGUAGGAUGGCAAAGAUGAUAAACCACCAAGUAAUAAAUCUAUGAAAUAUGACAUAGGUUCUUCUACACUUAAACGAUUGCAAUCAUAUCUUUGUGCCUAGAGCUUCCAUUACCGAGAAUGGCAGAUGAGGCACCCUCUGUUUCUGUUUGCAAUGGGAAGUUUACAUAGAGAGACUUGGUCUUUUGAUAGAGGCCAUUGUAUCUUUUUGCCUAGUUCUUUUCAGAGGGUUUUAGACUGGUGUUCUCAUUAGCAACAUUAAUGGAGUGUCGAGCCAGAUUAUCGUCAUGCUAUCACAGAUCUUGUAGUUUUAGCACAAAGAGAAAAAUAUGACCUAGCAGUUUCCAGUAAUUAUUUCUAGAAGUGGAGGCAGUUCUGCAAUUUUACAAUAAGAGUGUUUAAUCCACGCAGCAAGCCGACUGAUUAUUUGUGUGGGUGUGUGCGUGGAUGUGUGGAUGCAUACACACACAGUCAUUUGGCAGCCAUUCUACAAUCUAGAAUAGAAUCAUUUAUCUUUUCUAUUUAUUUGAAUGAAUGCUUCUCUCAUAUCCCACAGUUAUGACAGUAAAACUGGUCUAGCCAAGAUGUAAGGGCACUUGUUAUCAUUAGCUGGUGAGAGUCCUCUUUAUCUAGUUAAGGUACUGAAAUAAAAUCCUUUGUUGUCUCUGAGAUUGCUUAGGAAUUUGAACUGAUCUAAUAGAUGUAGCUUGGAUGGGAGAUAACCCAUUAUUUCCUAAAGAAUUACUAUUUAUUAAUUUCCUACAAGUUUCUCCUGUUAUAAAUCUCUCUCCAUUCUACAUGUCGGGGGUUGUGGUUGUUGUUUUUUUUUCCCAUAGCUAGAAUGCUGUAUUGCUAGCAUUGUAUGUUUUGUAAUUAUUUUUGCACAAGGGCAAACAUUUAGUUUCGUGCGUUAUUUUCUUUUUAUAAUUCUAUGACCAUGCCAAAAUAAUAUUCUGCAGGCUGGCAGAGAACAAAGGACUGUUCUUUAGGACUGAAACUUGAUUUUUACUCAUACUACAAAAACACACACUCACAGAUGUUGUUUCGUAAGUGUAAUAAGCACUGGAUAUAAAUGGUAUUUUUUAUCACUUCUAACUAAUGUGAAACUGUUGUACAAAAAAAAACGACAUGAACAAAAGUCAUCUGUUUCGACUCGUGUGGGCCUGCCUCACAGUUGCCGGAUUUGAGUCAUUUUUUUUAUGUCUUGUUAUUUCAUUUAUUUAUGCAAGAUUCUUAUAUGUAUGAAUACUUUGUUUGAGCUCCAGUCCUCCAUCUGUGUUGAUGAUCUAUAACUUAAAUCUGUGUUCUUGACUUUGAUUGGCUCUUCACGAAUCAGCAGAUGGUAGAGUAUGACUUAUUGGGCAGGUUUUGAAUUUAAAAUCUGCAGAAUCAGUUUAUGAUAUUUAUUAGCCUAUACUGGCUCUAAAGUAUCAAUAGAAAUCAAGAAAAGACAAUCGUUGGGAAGCAAAAAUAUAUUUUUUUCUGUUUUAAAAAUUCAUCAUUGGAGCUCAAAACAAGGUUCUUUAGUAGUCACCAUCUCAUUUAAGAUUUUUUUAAAAAUUGUAAAUAUAACAUAGGAGAUAGAAUUUUAUUUUUUGUUCAUGGAUACUUAACUAUAUAUAAGUUAUGUAUUUACUUUUGUUCUGUAUCAGUGUACAUUGGUCCAUAUUAAAUGCUGACAAAUCACUGUACCUCAUAUAGAUUUUACGCCUGCAGUGUGGCAGCAGUAUUGUGGACCUGUAGCUAAGCUGGCGAAUUGCCUCCCUUGUGCCCUCCUUCAAUCUGAAUCCCAUAUAAUAAACACAAAAUACUUCAAACAUUGCACCUGCUUAUAAAAUAUCAACCUCAUAUUUACUCUGUAGUAGUGGCAUUAUAGUUUGGGAGAACAGUAAAACAUUUGUCCAAGAAUUAUAACAUAGCCAGUUGGUUCUUAGUAUUUCUUCAUUAGCAAAUAAGUGCAUAGUACAUGAAGUACAAACUAUACCUUUUGGGCAUUCUAGCAGUCUGUGAUUCUAGUUCAGGUGACAAAAGUGAUGAUUUCUUAUAUCCUUGUUUAGCUCUGUAGAACAAGGCAAACUUAGGUCUCAUUUAUUUCAAUUAAACUAAAGUAUCUUGAUCAGGUAUAUGAUCUCACAAUUCUUUGACAUCUUUGUCAAAGAUAGUCUGAGUAGGAACUGAUCUGAUUCAGUAUCUACCCCACCCCACCCCACCCCGUCUAUCCUCCAAUUUAAUUGAGGUUAUAUUUAAACCAACUUUAAAAACAGAUUGUAAAGGAGACAGUUUUCUUGUAAUUUGCUUCAAGCAAACCUGAUGCACAUUCUUGGUUCUUUUUUGGAAAGCAACAAAUGUGACUUAGAAAAGUUGUCAAUAGGAAGGCAAAUAAAUAAGAAAGCAAAUAAAUAAUCAAGCGUGUUUGAGGAGUUAGCCAUUAAUUCAGCCUUUUAAAGUAAGUAGUACCAGUUGUUAAUAUAACAUAGAUUUUUUUUUUUAAAAAAGAAUCUGUGUUUGGUGUGAAACAGUAUUGGCUUGUCAAAAUAGAACUGUAGCAUUUAUAAUUCAGUAAAAUAUAAAAGGGCAGUGAUAAUUUUCUAUUGUCCAAGAUAAUGCUUAUUUAAAAUGAAUGUGAUGCCAUGCACUUAGAUUGUUAGAGUAACUGUACUUUGCAAACACAAAAUUUAAUAUUUAACUUUCAAGGAAAGACUUCUGACAUCUUUUGUUGACAAUUGAAGAAUAUUGUUUAAAAGAUAUAAUAAAAGCAUUCAACUUGACAUGAAUAAAAUAACUGAAACACAUUUUCACAGGGUUUAUAAAAAGGACUGAAAGCACCUGCAAUGGAAAUGUCUAUUUCUUAGAAUACACAGUAUGAGAUGCAGGCUUAUAUGAAGGCAUUUAAUCCACCACCCCAACAAUGUAGGUAGCAGAUUGCUGGAGAAAGCUUUAGGCAAUGCUGUUGGCAUUUUUAAAAACUGAAAGUCUAGGCUUAGGAGUUGAAACAUUAUGGCUCUGCAUGGUUUAAAACAAAGAAAAUGUUUGGACCCCUGUAAGCCUGGUCUUCUCUGUUCAUGAAAGCAGCUCUUUGUUCUUGUUGUUGUUAAUACUUCCAUUUCACCCUGGAAAAAAAAAGAUGUUGCUGCUUUAAAGAGACCAUGAAUUAAAGUUAAUGCAACUCGUACAGCAGUGGAUUUUUUUUUCCAGGUUUACAUGGAAGCUUGGAAAAAUUUGAGUUCUGAGGUGCUGUAUUUGGCAAAGUCCGGGGGCUUUUUCAGAGUCAUUUCCCAAGUAUCCGUAGGCAGGCCUGCUGUACAUGCAGUGCAUUUGCUUCGCUGUUCUGUAGCAACCACUGUCUUCUGUUAUAUAAAUGUAUGAUGGUAUGCCAAUACAUCCUUUGGGGGAAAGCCCUGGAUAACUUGCUGAUCCCCAUUGUCAUCAAGAGGCAGUAUGAGAAGGAAGGAUGAGAUUAUAAUGGGACAAAAUUUACACUCUGGUGUUCACUCUGUAUGAAUGAGUGUGAUUGUUAUUUACAAUAAAUACAAAACCAGUUUUACAAGGACAGCAGUAACUUGAAAAAGAAGAGGUUGUUUGAAUAAUUGUGUAAAUGAAACAAAUGAUUUUGUAAAUGCAAGCAUCACUUGAUACAUUGUUAAAGUCUGCUCUUAUUGUUAUCUCCUGCUGUUUUUCAUCUUAUUGGCUGUUAAUUUCUACUUUACUAUAAAUAUUUUCCCAGUAAAAAAUGCCAAUGAUCCAGUACAGAAAAACAAAAUUCAAGGCGAAGCCCAUGGUAUAUUUCAGAAUAGGUAGAUGAAGUGUAGGCAGUAUCAAUUUUCAGCAGCGAAUAUUUUGAAGCAACAAAGCUAUUCAAUUCAAGUCCAAAACAUGUUUUAAACUGAAGCUUCAGCAGAACCUUAUACAUAACAGUAUGUAUAUCAGGAUAGGAUUGUCAGUGCCAACAACUAUUCAAAAAGUGCAGCUGGUAGAAUGUAUUAGAGUAUUUCAUAUUUUCAAUUGAAAAAAAUAGUUUCUCAGAACUUCUCAUUGUUGCAUGCAUGUUUAAAGACUAAAAUUGGCACUUAAGCAUGACCUUUAAAAAAACUAACAUAUGACCUCAAUUGAUGUUUUUAAAAACAUAAAAGCACUUAUGUCCUUUUGUUUCUCAAAAUCAUUUUAUUUCGCUUUCUUUUCUCUGUUCUCCACCAUUACCUUUUACUACUUUGUUCUCUGAAUGGUUGAUAUAUUGUGAAUGGUGGAUGUAUUGUGAUCCCAUAUUAGAAAGGAAAAAAAUAUACAGAUUUUUUUUAAAAAAACAGCUAGAUUUCUUUGUCAUUGGAUUUUAUGCCCCCCCCCUUUUUUUUAUAACAUCCCAAAUUAAUUUUUGGAAGCUAAUGAAAAGUAUUCAGAGAGAGCUCACUGGUGUAAAGAGAAGAGUGGCUUUAGCAUGAUUGUAAGAAAACUACCCCAUUGGUGUUUAUGAUAAUAUGAAAGUUCUAAAGAAGUUCGGUGAUCUGCUUGCUUUAUAACUUCUGCUUUUUUAGGAAACCCCAAGUGAGGUCCUUGGUGCUCUCAAAAGUUUGGGGAAUGUGCAAACUAUUUAACUGUUUGUAUACUGCACAUUGCAGUACUGCUAGUCCACAUUCUCCAUUUGUCUUCCUGUCAUUUGUGUUUUGCUUUCUCAAAAGCACAGUUUUUCCCCCCUCUCCUCCUGUAGCAAAUGUUAGAAUGUUUAAAUAUUUCUAUCCAUUAUUGUAUUUGCCAUGUACAAAUGUUUUAUUACCCUAAGAUGAGCUUAUAAACUGUUACUUACUGUAACCCAUUUUCUUUCCUGACAUUGUGAUGUAUAUUGUGAAAUUGUAUUCUAUGUUAAUUUAAUCAGCACAAUUCACUGACAUGCUGGACUGACAAUGCUAGCUGCUGUUUCAAAGUGUAAAGUUUUGUGUAGAGCUGUUGGGGGAGGGGAGCUCGGAGGUUUCCCGUGUCAAGGUACUAUGCUUUGGUUCUCUUGGGGGUGGCUCUUUCAAAGCUCUUCUUACACCCCAUAAGUCCAUUUUUAAACUGGUAGAUUUUCUUGUACAAAUUCUUUACAAAGUGCAGGUACCUACCUGAGCCCAGGGCUGGUAAUGAUUUGGGCAUGUAAAGGAAAAAAAAAAAACCCUAGUGUCUAUUGCUGCUUUGAAUAUGUUUUAAAAGUCUGAAAAUGUAAAUAGUUUAUCAAAAAAGGAAAAAAAUCUUGUACAGUCCAGUGUAAAGUUUUUAAAUGAACUGAAAAGGUUGCCAUCGCAUCUCUCACACACUCUCCUCUUGAAGCAGUUUGAAAAGACAACCAAGCUUGCUAAGGAUUUUGGUUUUAUAAAAAAAUAAAAAUAUCUGUACUCUUAAUUUAAGAGGGAAAAAUCAUUCUUAGCUUUGCUUCAUAGCAUAAACAGACUUAUUGGAUUUUGUUGUGCAGUAUUGACGUGAGGUAAAUUAAAUAUUAAAUAAUUUUUCAGUGGUACUUUUAAGAGUUUUCUCUUCUCUGCCUCAGAAAUGAAUAUAAAAGACAAAAUGGAAAGACGCUUUCUUUAUAUCAUAUAUUCUGGUGUAUGCUGGCACCUUACUUACAUCUUUGUGAGGAUAUUUGUUUCUUUCUCUUCCUCCUCAUCUUCCUCCUCCUCUUCUUUUUUCCCCUUCUUCCCCUUCUUCCUCUCCUUCCUCUUCCCCUUUUUGCACAAGGUGCUUUCCUGGUAUGUUUAACAUGUCAUCAUUGGGUGAUGCCAUAUACGCCAUGAUAAGGGGGUUUAAACCCUCAGGGGAGUGUCUAUACGACUGCCUAUUUAUGCUCAUUUACCUCAAGACUGUCCUCUCUGCCCUUAAUCUAUUCACCAUCACUCCAUAUUUUGUACUGCUGUUGACACUUACAGAUUAAAGAUAAAUUUUGUUUUA